AUGAGCAGUGUGAAGAAAGAAAGUCGCAGUGGGUCACCUCACUGUCCCAAGCCUGAUGAGUCCGAGAAGCCCACUGGGACGAAUGUAGAGAUGGGACUCGCUGAUGAAAUAAACGUGAAAAGUGAGCCAGUCAUGUCGGAAGCCCUCAUCACACAAGAGAUGGAGGCUGAGGAGAAGCAGCUGAUGGAGGAGGGAGAGCGUAAAGAGAAGGAGAUGAUGGAAAAGGCUCGACAAUCAUUGGAAAGGGGCACCCACGAAAUACGCUUCAAACGGCUCCAGCACCUGCUGCAGAAGAGCAACAUCUACUCCAAGUUCCUGCUGACGAAGAUGGAGCAACAGCAGAAUGAGGAAAAACUUCAGAAGGAAAGACUGGAGAAGAAGUCAAAGAAGAACUCAAAGGCACCUGAACCUGAUAAAGAUAAAAAGAAGCGAAGACGGGAUGAUGACUACAAAAUUGCAGAUGUUAUGUCAAAAGAGGAUAUCAUGUCACAGUCCAAAAAAGUCAAAUUGGAGAAGGGUGAGGCUACUGAUCAGAAGUCACUGGACACUGAAGAUCUUGAGAAGAUGAGUGAAUCAAAUGAGGCCAUAAAACACCGGCUCUCUGAGGCAGUCCGGGACAAGGCACAACACCUCCUCGACCCCUCCCGCACAGUGAACGGAGAGCCUGUCCCGUACCAGCAGCCCAACCUGUUCACUGGAGGAGUCAUGCGUUCAUACCAGAUUGAAGGCAUAGAGUGGCUAAGGAUGUUGUGGGAAAAUGGCAUUAAUGGGAUUCUGGCUGAUGAAAUGGGUUUGGGAAAAACCAUCCAGUGCAUUGCUCACAUCGCCAUGAUGAUAGAGAAGAAGGUGAUGGGGCCCUUCCUUGUGGUGGCUCCUCUGUCCACGCUUCCAAACUGGAUCAAUGAGUUCAAGCGCUUCACCCCUCAGGUAUCGGUGGUGUUGUAUCAUGGGCCUCAGCCAGAGAGGGCAAAAGUCCUGAAACAAAUCCGUCGGCCCCAUGAGCCCCUGGGGAUGUGUCCUGUGGUUAUCACCUCUUUUGAAAUAUCCAUGAUUGACAGAAAAUUCCUCCAGCGUUUCCAGUGGAAGUAUCUGAUUGUGGAUGAAGGCCAUAGAAUCAAGAACCUGAAUUGCAGACUGGUGCGAGAGCUGAAAAUGAUGCCUACAGACAACAAACUGCUGCUGACGGGAACACCACUGCAGAACAACCUGGCCGAGCUCUGGUCCCUGCUAAAUUUCCUCUUGCCAGAGGUCUUUGAUGACCUUAAAAGCUUUGAGUCCUGGUUUGACAUCGACUCUCUGGGAACAGCAGAGAGUGUGGUGGCGUCUGAACGGGAGCACAACAUCCUCAGCAUGUUGCACCAGAUUCUGACCCCAUUCCUUCUGAGAAGGUUAAAGUCAGAUGUGACUCUGGAGGUUCCUCCUAAAAAGGAGAUAAUCGUGUAUGCUCCACUGACAACCAAACAGGAAGUCUUGUACACCGCUGUAGUAAACAAGACCAUUGCCAAGAUGUUGGGGCAGGAGAAGAAAGAGGAUCCAGUGGUGAUGACUUCUAAAGGUAGACCGAAGCGACGCGCUCAAAGGGCUGUUGAUUACAGUGAAAUUGACCAAGAAACUCCUGAUGAUCUGGAGAAAUACCUGGAGAGGCUUCAGAAGGAGCAGGAGCAGAGCUCUGCAGCCUCCUCUGUACUGGAUGUCCGCAGUCCUCUGGACGCACAGAUCAACCUGAAGUUACAGAACAUCCUGAUGCUGCUGAAGAAAUGCUGUAACCACCCGUACCUGGUGGAGUAUCCCCUGGAUCCUGCCACACAAGAAUUCAAGAUUGAUGAACAGCUAGUGCUGACCUCCGGCAAGUUUCAGAUCCUGGACCGUCUCCUGCCAGCCCUAAAGAAACGAGGCCACAAGGUGCUGAUCUUCAGUCAGAUGACCUCCAUAUUAGAUUUGCUGAUGGACUACUGCUACUUGCGAGACUUUCACUAUAGUCGACUUGAUGGGAGCAUGGCCUACGCUGACAGAGAGGAGAAUAUUGCAAAGUUCUUCAAAGAUCCCGAGGUAUUCCUUUUCCUGCUCAGCACCAGAGCUGGAGGCCUGGGUAUCAACUUGACUGCGGCAGACACGGUCAUCAUCUUUGACAGUGACUGGAAUCCCCAGGCUGAUCUGCAGGCUCAGGACCGCUGUCACCGCAUCGGGCAGACUAAACCUGUGGUGGUUUACCGCUUUGUCACUGCUAAUACCAUCGACCAGAAGAUUUUUGAAAGGGCCUCCGCUAAGAGGAAACUGGAGCAGAUGGUCAUCCAUAAGAAUAAAUUUAAAGGAGCCCGGACUGAGCUGAGCCAGGGAAAGAGCUGCAUCGACCUGGACGAGCUGAGGGAUCUGCUGAAGGCUCGCAACACUGAAAGACAAGUGAAGGCUUCAAGAGGGAAAGUGCUCAGUGACCAGGACCUGGAGGUGCUGCUGGACCGCUCGGACCUGCUCAGUAAAGAUGCAGUGAGAGUGAAGAAGGAGAAGCUGGGUGUUUUCAGGCUGGUGGACGACCAGGAGUCCGACAUUGUUCUUUCCUGA